AUGGCCUCGGCGGUGUUUGAGGGCACGUCGCUAGUGAACAUGUUUGUGCGCGGCUGUUGGGUGAACGGCAUCCGUAGGCUCAUCAUCAACCGGCGCGGGGACGAAGAAGAGUUUUUUGAGAUUCGCACUGAGUGGUCGGACCGCAACGUGCUCUACCUGCACCGCAGCUACGCCGACCUGGGCCGGCUGCUGCGCCGCCUGCGCGACUCCUUCCCCGAGGACCGGCCUGCGCUGGCGUGCUCCCCGCUGCUGCCAGGACUGGUUGCCAUAAAGGAUGCCCAUGAUAUUGAGACGAGGCUUAAUGAGGUGGAGAAGCUUCUCAAGGCGGUCAUCAGCAUGCCGUGUAAAUACUCCAGGUCAGAAGUUGUGCUUACCUUCUUUGAAAGAUCCCCUCUGGACCAAGUAUUAAAAAAUGACAAUGUCCACAAAAUUCAGCCAAGCUUUCAAAGUCCAGUCAAAAUAUCAGAAAUCAUGAGGUCCAAUGGCUUCUGUUUAGCAAAUACCGAGACCAUCGUCAUUGACCACAGCAUACCAAAUGGGAACCAGCAGCACCUGGACGCGGACUCGGCCGAGCACUUGUUUGAGAAUGGCGGCGAGUUUACCUCAGAGCUGGAGGGUGAUGAGGACCCAGCAGCCUAUGUCACCAACCUGUCCUAUUACCACCUGGUGCCCUUCGAGACGGACAUCCUGGACUGA